UAUUGAGAAAAUCAAGAGAUAUUUAUAGAUUUUUAUAUACAUUAUUAUUAGCGUUAUUGUUAGCAGAGAAGCAACGUCUUCUGAUUGGUUGUUUUCUGGCUGAAGAUUAACCUGUACUGCUUGUGACCGUUUCUUGGAAAGUUAAGCCAUAUAUCUACGAAUCAAAAUUUCACACGUUAAGUCUGAUCAGUUGGUGAGUUCCUCGAGGUUAAGCUUUGUUAUUGUUUCUUCAAACGACCCCGAUUCGGGAGGUAAACAUUGACCUAAAUUGUUGUCUACAAAUUUUGGCUUGCAGACAGCUCUCACCAAACGCUUAUCGAAUCAACCACUAACCAACUGGUAACUAUUCCGCCAAAGAUAAUUUAAUGAUAUUCGAUAGAUUAUUAUGACAUUUUGAUCUUAUUCUAUCGACUAGGUCCUCGAAGCAAAGAAAACUUUGUCUUGAUUAGUGAGUUGGUCUAAAUACCACGCUUCUCUAGCCUUGUUAAUGAUUCCAGUCCUCUUGAAACAACUAAGCAAUUGCAAUGGAUUUAUGAGGUGCUGAAUGUGAUUUCGACUGUAAAACUGUAGUACAUUUACAUCCUACAUUGUGCUAAACACUGUACACAACCAAAUUACAAACAACGUCGUAUUAAGAAGCACAAAUGCGAAGUUAAAGAUCGAAUUUUGAAGAGCGCGAGGUGAAAUAAUAGCUUUAUUCUGAACAAUGUUUAUAAACUGUACAGAAUUUACAGUAGGGUUUAUUGCAUGAUACUUUCUCUUCAUCUAGGAACUUCAAAUGAAAGAAUAAUUGACAGUAUAUCGUGUAACACAGUUCUAUCUGACCUGAAACGCAAAAGCAAUCCAACUAUGAUAUCUUCUCUUUUUCUGUUUCGAGAAAUACACGACGAUGUUAUGUUGAAUGUCAAUUAUAAGAAGUUCGAGAGUACAUUUUGUGAACCAAGGACACCACUACUGAGGAACGGUCAUCCCAUGUAUUGGGAUAAGCUGUCAUCGAGGAUAACGCUUUUACUCAUGUUUUGUAGAAACUUGCGAAUUAACAGGUGGUAAGGGUUUCGAAUACUUGCCAGAGUAAACAGUACUAUUAAAGGUCAUACUUUUCUAGAUCAAAAUCAACUGGAUAAGAUAAAUUAUCUGCAAUAUAUUGAUGGAGGUUUCCGAUGGCCCAAGGUUUGAACAGGUCGCCGAUGAUAGUUAUCUAACCUGGCUCCAUUCUUAUUUCUCAGAAAGAAAGCAAUACACUGUAUAUCAGGGAAAGUCGUCCACUUCAUUGCUUACUCAGGCUGGUGUCCCUCAAGGCGCUGUCCUUUCUCCUUUUCUGUUUUCUUUCUUCUUGCAUGACUUGCCUCACUCCGAUGAAAUGAACUUUGUUAAGUAUGCCGAUGAUCUAACUAUUUCAAUGUCUGUUAACUCUCAACUUGACUGUAUUAAGAUUAACAACUUUCUAUCAGAAAUUAGCAAAUGGUCUUCGUCUAACGGCCUUAAACUUAAUCCUUCCAAAUGUCAGACUGUUAAUUUCAGUUUCCGAUGUAAACGAAAGUUAAAUGAAGCCGUUGGUUCCUAUGACCCUUGCAAAAUCGAUGAUACCGAUAUAGAAAGCAAGUAUGAAGUUAAGUAUCUUGGAUUAGUUCUCUCUUCUGACCUAUCUUGGUCUUCUCAUGUCUUAGCGAUUUCUCAAAGAAUAUUUCGUUUGACUUUUUACAUUAGGAAGUUAAGGCACUCAGGCAUAACGCAACCACUCCUCUUACAGUUUGUCAACUCGUGUAUUUUACCUAUUCUUCUUUACUGUUCACCCUUAUUCUUUCCUGGAUUGCUAAAAAAGGACUAUGUCAUAAUUCGUAGAACUCUGAGGACUGUCAGUAGGUCUAGUGGUAUCCCUUUGGGCCAUAUCGAUGGCAUUGUCAUCGAUAGACAUUUGAUGUCAUGCAACAGAUUCGCUAGGGGAAUUUUGUCAGACUCUGAGCACCCACUCUACCCGCAGCUCCCACCUUGUGUCUCCUCAGGUAAAACAAGAAGUCUUUUCAGAAGACUUUAUGCACGUACGUCUAAGUAUAAAAAUUCCACUAUACCAUAUUUAGCACGUACUCUAUGUGAUGAAAAUAGUGUCAGAAAUGAACUAACUAACCUUCUUAGCACCACUAAAUAGACCAUUUCCUUCAACCUUAAAGCAUCAUACUUUAUUGUUACUGUAUUUCUUAUAUUUAUAAUCCUCUCAAUUUUUU